AUGUCGCAGUGUCUCAUAAUUUUUAAAUCUUCUGGAAGAGUAGAAUACCAAAGUAACAGCAAGAUUUUCCCAUUCAAUGAAUUUAUCCUGAGUAUAGUCGACGAGACACAGAACCAAUUGGACCAGAACUUUACGACACAAACAUUAAACCACAAGAGGUUCUAUUGUUACCACAAGGAAGAUGUAUAUGUGGUACUAUAUAUUGAUGCAAUCAGCACAAUUGAUAGCGAAAAGAUUAGGCUGACAUUGCAUGGAGUUUACAAGACUUAUAACAAAUAUGAAGAAGAUGAUGAGUUGAAUAGUGAAAAGUUCCGCAAGUUAAUUGAUUUACAAUUCGACAUGUUGAUGAAACUCAAGCAAAGUCAAGUUGGGGAGGAAAAUACUGCAACAGGUAGUGGUACUGCUACGCCUACGAAAUUGAAUCUGGGAAAACAAACACCACCACCAAAUACAAAUACAAAUACAGCUACAACAACAACAACAAAAUCGACAAAAACGGCAAAGAAAAAGUUGAGAAAAUGGGAUGACAGUGGUGCGAUGGUGGAAACAGAUGCAGGAGCAGAUGUAAAUGCUCUUGAUUUUUCUUCGAGUAAUGAUGCUAGAGAUGGUGUUGUGGGCACUUUACCUGAAAUGAAGGUUAAUAACGAAGCAGCAUUCGUGAGGAACAACGACGUAGUCCUUGUCAAUGAAUUGAAUGAGAUCUUGAAUGCGUCUGAUGAUGACGAUGAAAAUGAUGGUGACAGUGAUGUUGGUGGUAAUGGUAAUGGUCAGAAAAGUGGGUUUUUUAGUAAAUUGAGUUCAUACCUUGGUGGAUCAAUCAAUUUGGAUGAAGUGAGCAAGAAAUUCUAUGAGCAAUUGAUCUCAAAGAAUAUUGCUCCGGGAACUGCAAAAGCAAUCAUUGAUAAGAUCAAGGCUCGUCUUUCGGGAAAGAAAGUAACAAUGACGAUUUUCAAGCAAGCAUUGACUGAUGAAUUGACCAAGAUUUUGACACCGAAUGUGUCUACUGAUUUGCUUUAUGAGAUCAAGCGGAAUAAUACUGGAAGACCAUACGUUAUCUCCGUGGUUGGUGUUAAUGGUGUUGGGAAAUCCACAAAUCUUGCCAAAUUGGCCUAUUGGUUUUUACAAAACAAUUUGAAUGUCCUUAUAUGCGCAUGUGACACUUUUCGUUCAGGUGCAGUGGAACAGUUGAAGGUACAUGUCAACAACUUGAACCAAUUAAAUUCUGGUUUGUCGAACAAGUCUCAGAUUGAUAUAUAUGAAAAAGGGUAUGGCGGUGGUGACCAUGUUGUGACAACUGCUAAGCAGGCAAUUGAAUAUGCCAAAGCCAAUGCGUUUGAUGUUGUGCUUAUUGAUACUGCAGGAAGAACGCAUUCCAACGCUAAACUCAUGGCGCCAUUGAAGAAAUUCGGGGAUGCCGCCAAUCCGAAUAAGAUUAUUAUGGUUGGUGAAGCUCUAGUAGGAACUGAUUCUGUUGAGCAAGCGACAAAUUUCAACCAAGCAUUUGGUAAUAAGCGAAGCUUGGACUUUUUCAUUGUUUCAAAAGUGGACACUGUGGGAGACUUGGUUGGAACAAUGAUCAAUAUGGUUAUGGCUACUAAAGUACCGAUAUUGUUUGUUGGUACGGGACAAACAUACACUGAUAUCAAGAGGCUAAGUGUUAAGCAAGUUGUCGAGAUGUUGAUGAAAUAG